AUGUUCAUUUCCAAGCUUGUGGUGGCGCUUUCGAUUCCGGCGCUUGUUGCUAAUGCCGCGGACUGCAAACUCGGGCCCUCGGAAAAGUGUGCGGUCAACUCGCUUCCGGGACUGGGUGACGAUGGAAGCGUUCUUAUAUACCCUGGUGGUAGCACGCGCUGUGCUUUUGACGACUAUUCUGACAACACCACGACGUUCGAGUCAAGCUCAACGUAUUUUUUUCAAGUGUUUCCGAAUCUGAAGCAGGACAAGUCCAAGGUUCUUCUGUACUUCCAAGGAGGUGGCGCCUGUGUCGAUAAGGACACGUGUAACUUCGCGCUGCAAUGCCAACUUGGUGCCAACUCCCUCAUUACGACGACAGCUAAAAAUGUUGUAUUUCUCCCGUAUUGCACAGGAGACCUCUUCGUGGGUAACACGCAGCUGGAGCCUUCUGAAGGUCCUUACAAUCAAGCUCUAGGCAACAAGCAAUGCCUUGGCCAAAAUCGCACCAUGCACUUGAACGGCUACAAUAAUGCGAAGGCUGUGCUGGACUGGGCGCUCGAGAACUUCCCGGAACCCAAGCAGCUGGUCGUCGGUGGUUAUAGCGCGGGGUCCUUGGGGGCACAGCUUUGGUCGGCCAAGGUUGCUGACAUGUGGCAAGUUAAGCAAAAGUCCAUGAAGUUCCAGGUUCUGGCGGAUAGCUACGUCGGUGUGUUCCCGGAGCACAAGGUAGCUGCUAGCUCACUCGUCAACUUCUACGGUGGUUGCGACGUAGACUUGCAUUUUCCAGAGCCAAUGACGACGGAAUGUAAGGCAAACACAGCAACAGCCACUGCACUUGUCGAUGCUUUGAUUAAAGAGACCCCCAAGAGCGACUGGUUGUUCAUCGACAGCACCGCUGACCGCACGCAGCGCAAGUUUUACGAGCUGGUGCGCCUGGGCAUUGCAGGGUACCCAUUCACGACAUUGUUGGACGCUGGUGAGUUCUUCGGCAACCUGACGCAGAUUGUGGACUCGCAUGCGCAGCUGACGAGCGUGACGCGAUUCAACAUAGAAAGCGAGCAGCACGUGUGGCUGAAGUCGGCAGAAUACGCGACGGCUACCAGCGUGGACGGUGCUGUACUGGGCAACGUGCUUUCGGAAUGGCUAAGUGUAUCUCCGACGAACGCGACGUUAAAAAAAGCUCUUUGUUGUUAA